ACACUCGAGCUCUCACUAUACUACCCCCGAGGAAUACAGUGAAGGACCCCGCAUUACAGCAAUACCACUGGCCCCAUUUUGCACCUUUUCAUCAGGACACUCCAAUGAAGCCAUCAAAUUUCCUUAACCGGUUUUCUUCACCACCACCCCCCCCCACUAGAAUGUUACCAUUCCAAAGUCCUGAACUGCCGAACCGUUGGAUACCAUGUCCUCCUUGUCCUCCAUGGCCGCCUUUUCCACCUCCAAGACCAUUCUAUUCAUCUGCGUUUGUUCCAAGAACCCCGCCUAAAAUGGGUUCUUCAGGGAGUAGGUUCCAAGUCAUGCCAAGGGGCAGUCCAGCUCCUCAUCAUCAUCACCAUAACUAUCCACCUCCAGGGUUUUUCUUCUCACCUGGGUGUGCUCCAUUCAGCCCACCUAAAAGGUUUACUCCAGUUCCCAGACCUCCCAGUGUCUUUCACCCUGCAUCUUCUCAAUUCAUGACACAUUUUAGCAACUAUCCACCACCUUCCCACAUCAGAAGAGAUCAAGCGACUGAAUCCACGAUCAAUGCGACAUACUCAGGAAGUCAAAAUGUGACGGCACAAAGCCAAGAAUCAAACAAGGCUCCAUCCAGUGAUGUAAGGAGUUCCAUACCCACUAUCGAGCUUCAAAAGCCACCCUUCACCCCAUCAUUCGGCCCCAGCGACGUUCCACAAGUUUCCCCACUGCCUAUUAUAGGCUCGGAGCAUUAUGGGAGCAGCCAGAGGCCCCACAGCCCUCUUCUUCCUUGCGAGAACCAACAACAUAAAAGAACAUCUUCAAAGGGAAACGUAAUAACAGUGGACUGGAAUUGCUCAUCUCAGAAGAGGCACAGGGAACCUGAGGAAUGUGGCGAUAGCGCUAAGAGACCGUGUCUUCUGCCAACAAACUCUGUCGAAGCACAGACACCAACACCCACUCCUAGCAACUGGGCCAGCACUUCCCUGCUGUCGGAGCCGUCAGCGAGGCACUCGUCAGGCUUGGAACUAUCACCCAAAACCACAGACAGCCAUCCGUGCGCAGAACCAGCAUUGAAACCCGCCCAGUCCUCCUGCGCAUCCCUGUCACCCAAAAGUUGUACACAGAGACGACCGCCAAUGGGGGCCAAGCAAGCCUAUAUCAAAUCCGACCCAAAACAAUCCUUAAUAAUAGAGUUAAGAUCACCGUCGAAGGAAGAAAGUGCAACGAAAAGGAGCGAGGAAAACGACCAAAACAAUAAAUCGAGCCCUUUGUUAUCCUCUGAGGUUCCCCAGAAGAACACUGUUGGCUCUUCGUAUGUUCAGUUAGGGUGUCACCACUCUGUUCAUACUCACUGUAGUUCCUCAGUCUUACCGGUCGAGACCCUGAGCAAAUGUGAUGCCGUGGAAAACUGUAACACUUCCAAACCAGCGUCACAAACAAUUUCAGGCUCUCUGAGCACAGUGGAACGGAACAAAACCAACCGCCUACGAAGACCUUCUGCAAUCCCUUCUGAUAUAGAUAGGCUUUUCACUCCUGAUCCCUUGAUCUACGGAAAGACUUCAAAACCCAAGAUAGACGGGAUCGAAACGACCACCACGGAGAAAAGCUGUUCAUCCAGCACUGUGACCAGCUCCAGUACUCCUCCUACUGGGACUUUGUGUUUCCAAACGGCUCCGUCUCUUGCAGUUGACACUAAAGUCUCCAACUUGCCCUCAUCACAUAACCCACACAUAACUAUGCCAACUGUAACUUUAAAGCGGAUAAACCUUGAAAACCUGAAAUCUAUUUCCUAUAGAGCCUGUGAACCUAAAAACUGCUCCAUCGCUUCUUCAGGCAAGCAGCUUAAGGAUGAGAGUUUAAAAUCUGAUGGGAAACUUACAAUUCUCGCCCCCCACAACGUGAGACCAAGCACUUCGGAGACUUGCACCACAACUUCUACGGCUCGUCCACACCAGGAGAGGUGCACGAGUGAAGGACGUAGAAAGUCGGUGAAUAAAGAGGAUCCCGAAGACUUGGAGCUGGACCUAGGCCUGAGAUUUGCACUAAAUGUGGACCUUACCGAGAGCUCCAACAGCAGUGACGAUGAGCAGCUGCUGUCGUUGCAGGAUAUAUUUGAGCGGGUCUCCAAGCCUCCUGAUACUCCAGAGAAGGGAUCCUUCUCAGAGCCGAGUACACCUGGGAAUAAGAGCUGCAAGUUAAAAACACAACCAUUAGCAGCCAACACAACGUCAGCCAUCUACAACAACAACCUUGACCACAUGCUGGAUGAAAUAAACACCAAAAAAAGAGGAAAAGAGGUUAGGACACAACUUCUCACCGAGUGUGAAGAAGACCAGUUUAGAAUAGCUGAAUAUGAGAAGGCCGAGGAGAACCGUGAGGCGGCCAUCUCCUCUGAGCAACAGGAGUUCCUGCAACGCUACUCUUUGAUGUCCAGUGCCAUCAGAGAAGUGCCUCCCGGGAAAAUGAUCUUCAUCCUGGAGAAGUUUGGCCGGAUCUUCAACCAGGAGACUCUGCAGCUGAGGCGAUGCAUGGUCAACCCUCAGGGGACAGCACAGAAAACACUUCUAUGGUCCAGCCCUGCUCAACUGAGAUUGCAUCUAAACAUUGAAUUAUUCCAGGACGCUUACGACUGUUGCUCACCCUGUCCAUCUCAGGUUACCAGUUUCCUUUUCAAGAUGAUGUCAGUCCAUAGGGAGAGGAUGGUAUCUGAAAAUAUACUAAAGACCCUCUGUGACAUUGCCCUGACUGCUGCUUAUCAGAUAGUGAAAAGUGGAAACCAGCAGUUUGAAGUGUGGGUGCCCAGUCUGGCCGAUGUGGUGCUGGUCCUGAUGAAUAUGGGGGUUGCGUUUGUUGCUCUCUUCCCUCUUGAACAUCUGCAGCCUCCAUUCACAGAGGGAGAUUUGCUGGAGGACAUCUGUAUCAAAAGUGAGAGUCCCUCCAGUAACGAGGAACACAGCAACUUCCCUGAUCACAACUGUAACAACAUCUUGAAGUACCUGUGGCACUGCAUGAGUCUGUGUCCACGGGUAUACAGCGACGAUGAGCUGCUGUUACUGCUGACUGUGGUUGGGAGGGUGGGCUUGGACCCUCGGCUCAUCCUCGAGUCCAAUGUGGAACUUUGCCCUCUACAGUUCCAUAUUGUCAAAAACAUCAGGGACUGGGACACCAUGCUGCCCAGAAUCUGUCUGGCCUUCACUGAUCUGACAGACGACCACCACAACAUGUGCGCCCUAGUUAAACUGCUGCCCGACAACGCACGUGGAAAGCAACUGCGUCAACAUCUGAGCCUGUCCAUGAUCUCUAAACUGUUGGACGGAAGUUGCACCUACAAACCAACAGCAAAGGAGUUUCAGCUCUCUGAACUGAGGAACUACCUACCCCGCAUGCAACCCUCCACCCUUCUCCGAGGCAUGUUGAAAUCCUCCAGCAGGAGACAGGGGGAUGAAGAAGAAGACAUGGCAGCCCUAGAUCAACAGACCUACUACCUCUGCUAUAGUCUUCUGAUCUUGGCGGAUGAAGCCUCCGAUAUUCAGUUCUUCCUAGCUCAUCAAAAGAAACAGCUUCUGUUUCUGUGCACUGAGUUGGAAACGCAUGUCAAGUGUGACAUCAGAGAGAACGAGAAAUGUCUUUACCGGAGCAAGGUGAAAGACCUGGUGGCCAGGAUCUACACCAAGUGGCAGAUGCUCCUUCAGAGGACCAGGCCUCUCCAUGGUAAACUGUAUGAUUAUUGGCAGCCUUUGUCUGUGGCUACAGUGACGAGCAGCCAAGAAGAGCAGGAAGUGGACAACAGUGAUGAUGGAGAAGAGCCUAUGAUGGAGGAAGAUGAAGAGGAGGACACCAAUGACACUGAAGAGGUUGUGAUGUUAUCUGAGGACGAGGAGAAGGAAGAGUGAGACAACGCGAGUUAACGAGUUCAUUUUAUAAAUAAUUCCCAGUUUUGCGUACUGCUUGUUGAUUCAUUGUUAAUUUCACUGUUGAGUGUGAGUGUUUUUUUUAAAUAUCCAUUUUGGACAAAUAUUUUUUUAAGAAUGACAAAUGUUUUUUUUAUGGCUGUAGCCAAAAAUAGUAAAUAAACUUUGUUUAUACAUGUUUGAAAAUGAA